AUGGGAAAUGUUGUACCUUUGAAAUCUACUUCAACUGUUAUGCCCUUAGGCACGGCCAUGCAUAACAUGGAAAUCACACGUGGAAGGGGUGGGCAAUUAGCUAGAGCAGCAGGUGCUGUAGCGAAACUCAUUGCAAAAGAGGGUAAAUCGGCCCCUUUAAGAUUACCAUCUGGGGAGGUCCGUUUAGUAUCCCAAAACUACUUAGCAACAGUCGGACAAGUGGGUAAUGUUGGGGUGAACCAAAAAAGUUUGGGUAGAGCCGGAUCUAAGUGUUGGCUAGGUAAACGCCACGUAGUAAGAGGGGUAGUUAUGAAUCCUGUGGACCACCCCCAUGGGGGCGGUGAAGGGAAAGCUCCCAUUGGUAGAAAAAACCCACAACCCCUUGGGGUUAUCCUACGCUUGGAAGAAGAACUAGGAAAGGAAAAAAAUAUAGCGAUAGUUUUAUUCUUCGUCGCCCUAAGUAAAUAUGUAACUAGGAAUAUGGAAAAUUGCAUUUUUGGAAUUUGCAAUUAUGCGAUGGGCGAACAACGGGAAUUGAACCCGCGCAAGGUGGAUUCACAAUCCACUGCCUUGAUCCACUUGGCUACAUCUGCCCCUUAUCCAGCUGAAGGAUUUUUUUCUUUUUUCCAUUAUUCAUUAUUCUAUUUAUUCCAACCUUCGUACUUUGAUCGAGAUAUUGGACAUAUAAUGCCACUCCUUAAAAGGGAAAAGGAGUAA